AUGCCGUUUUUCUCUAAGAAGAUCAUUGAAUGCGAUCCAUCUGUUACAUCGCAGUUCGUCCCAAACACUCUCGCUGCCGGAGAUAACAUGCUUUGUUGUAUCUAUCCAUGGGCAUUGCAAAGGACAAAGAGAGCCUUCACGGAGAUUGAUGGUUCCUUGUGGGUGCCGGAAGAUACGUCUCUUCUCUUCCUCUAUCUCUUCUCUCUCUCUCGAUCUCUAUGGCUUUCUCCCUCGGAUCCUUCGGCCGCUGGAAACCUUCAUCAAUCCGCUGCUCGUGGCAACGAGGACGCCGCUCCUACGCCAUCGGUGGUGAUGGACUCCGACUUCGACGCCAAGACGUUCCGCAAGAACUUGACGAGAAGCCAUAACGACAAUCGCAAAGGGUUUGGUCACAAAGAGGAGACUCUCAAGCUCAUGAAUCGCGAGCACACCAAGAUAGAGCCAGUCUUGGCAACGAAGAAGAAGACACCAUUAACCCUUUUCAUAACCAACCACCCACUUCUCUUGAUAAUACUAAGCCUUCUCUUGGUAAUACUAAGCCUAAACUCACGGCUGUUCACAGCGAUAACAACAAUGCCCACUAUGAGUUCGCUCACCAACAGCCACAUUCUCCAGGCUCCAGCUGUUGACCAGCGGUUGGUGACAUACGUUCAAGAUGUUUAAGGCUGUCUGAUGAAAGUACUUCCGAGGCACUUGGCAUGUGAAUGGGCAAAAGACGGCAUAAGAGCCAAUGCUGUUGCACCUAAUGUUGUCAAGACUCGACAGUCUCAAUCUUAUCUUGAGGACGUCAGUUUCAAGGAAGAAUUGUUCUGUAGAACUCCACUUGGUCGUGCUGGAGAGCCAAAUGAAGUUGCAUCGCUAGAGGUCUUCUUGUGUCUACCUGCAGCUUCCUACAUCACUGGUCAAACCAUUUGUGUUGAUGGAGGCCUCACAGUUAACGGUUUCUCCUAUCAGUCAUGGUCAAACCCUUUGUGUUGAUGGAGCCCUCGUUUUGAUGUUGGUGUCAAGGAGAUUGAAUGCUGGACUGCUCAUUUGCUUCCUUCGAGACAGGUUCGGUCUUCUUAUACAUUUUUCUUUGGGUGCCAUGUCAUGUAAUCACUCUAUGCCAAUUUAACUAUAAAAACUAGCUUGUUAACUAGAGAAUCACUUUCUAUAACUUGUCUUAAGAUUUGAAGACGUGAAGAUAUACCAAAGCUUAUUCUCAUUGAUGUAUUGUUUUUAUCAUAAUUUUUUUUUAAGAACCCUUGAAUAAGAAACUUGC